AUGUUUUUAAUCUCAUUAUCCAUUUUUUCCCAAAAUUCAUAUAGCUUUUCACAAAAGUUAUAUGAUAACUUAGUCUCACAAGAGGAUACUCCAUCCUUUAUUCAAAUCACUAAGAAAAAUAAAACAGAUUUUGAUUUACAUUAUAACAGAGAAAUCCACAUAGAAACAGAUAUAUCGUCCACGCAUAGAGAACAAACUUUUUACAAAUGCUCAAUCAAUGUUAAUUCAAACACUAAAUUUUUAAGUAAUUAUGCUUUUGGAACAGACAAAUCUUCAGGUUCAGGCGGUGCAAUUUGCCUCUCACAAUCUGUAUUAUUAGUUUCCAAUGGCGCUAUUUUCCAAGAAAACCAAGCUGCCGUUGGCGGCGCUAUUUGCGCUAUUGGAUCAGCCAUUUUAGUUGAUGGAGCUAAAUUUGAUCAAAACAAUGCCUAUAAGUAUGGUGGCGGUGUUUACUUCCAAACCAAUUUCCUUAAUGAAGGAGAAUAUAAUUAUUUAGCACCUUCUUCUUCAUGCAUCAUUCAAGGAUGUUCAUUUCUUGCCAAUACAGCCUGCGAACUUGGUGGAGCAGCCGCUCUUUCUUACGGUUUAGAAAUUUAUUUCGAAGCCUGUGAAUUUAUUCAGAAUAAGUGCUCAUUUGGUGGUGGCGCAGUUUCCUCAUCAAAUGUUGACAACCUCAAGUUCGUCCAAUGCAAGUUUGUUAAAAAUAUCGUUGAUGCUGAAAAUCCAAAGUUGAUGAGUGCUUCUUUAUCAAAGAUGGCCGAAGGCAAGACAGACAAGACCCAGGGUAACCUUGUCAGCGAUAUUCCAUCUCGUUUCAAAGGUCGCGGCGGUGGUGCCGUUUGUUUCCUUUCCGACGGAAAGAAGGGUCUUUCACCAACAUCCCCUGUUUAUUCUAAAAAGCAGCGUUAUCUUGAAUCCCAUCACUGCUGUUUCGUUGAAGAUUCAUCAACAUACACAGGACAGUCAUUUGGACUCGGAGCUGGUCAUGAAAUCAUUUUAGAAGGUUAUUCCAAAUGGAAAUCUUUCCAGGAUAGAAUGAACAACAUCGAUCCUAAGCAGAUGCAAUGGGGAACAAUGAACCAAUUCGUUUCCCGCACAGUUAAUAACUUCUUCGAAGAAAACGCUACAGAUUGGGUACUUCUUGAAUUCUUAGGAGACGCAUCCGAUGAAGAAUGCACACCAAAGAACGCUCCAUCAGAAGAACAAAUUGUUACACCAGAAGAAUCUUCAAUUAAGUACGCAACUAAGUCUAAUCAAGGAAAUGAAAAUAUUACUUCAGAAGUUGCCCCUCCAUCCCAAUAUACCUACGUUGCAACACCAAUUACGAAAUUACCGAUGCCUUCUACAGAAUCCCCUCUUAACUGGCCACCUCCAUCAAGAAAAGUCGGAACAGAAACAACCGCUGAACCUGGCAAAGUCUUCGAUCCAACACCAGAGGAUGUAUCCAUUACAGAAAAAUACCCAAUUGGCCUUACAGCUAUACCAGAUAUGGGAUUCAGAACAAGAUUCGCUACUCCUUUCGUUACGGCCAAGCAAACAGAGAGUAUAAUUGAUACUCCUUCUCCAACCGAAAAGGUUCCAGAAGUUCCAGAAGUUCCUACUCCUUCUCCAGUUAAUGGAAAUGAAGCUCAAGGUGCUGGAGAGACAAAGAAGAAGUUCCCAUUGGCUUUAGUCAUCGGUGUUGUUGCUGGUUUGCUCGCUCUCCUCGCUCUUGCUGGUUUGAUCGCUUGGUUGGUCAUGAAGAAGAAAGGUGACUCUUCUGAUGAAUCUGCCAUUGAAAUGAACGAAGAAACAGUUAUGGCCACGGCUACUACGGAUGGUGCAACAGCGACACUUACAAAUGAAAACCCAUUAUGGACAACUUCUGUCGUCGGAAACUCGGAGAAUCCAUUCUUAAACGAUUUCGAGGAGGACGAGCAGAUCGAAGGAUUCUUCUCAGUAAGAAAGACUCCCGAGUAA